AUGGCAAAAAUAAGUGAUAGGAUUAAUAAAGUUGAAGCAUUUGAUAGUAGGAUAAGAAGAACUGAAAAAAGAAUUGAAAAAAUUGAAAAUAAUCCAAUAAAUAAUAAAAUAGAUGACUCAUUAGAUCUUUUAGAAAACUUGAAAAUUAUAUUCGAAAAGAAACCAAAAGAUCUCAGGUUUAAUGUUUUUGUAAAAAAAUAUUUAUCAGCAGAAAGUUUAAGUUGGUGGAAUAUAAAUGAAAAUGAACGAAAUGAAGAUACAGACUUGGAUCAAUGGAAAUCAUUUGCAGAAAACUUUAAAAUUAAAUUCUGGAAUAAAGAAUAUACUCAAAUAGUAAAUAAAGAGUUAACAAGUAAAAGCAUGAAACCAAGUGAAUUAAACUACACGACUACAGAAAAAGAAUUACUCGCAGUAAUACAUGUAAAAAGAAGAUUUUAUGAGAUGAUCGCAGGUUAUCAAAUAAUUUUGAUUACUGACCAUAGAGCAUUAUUGUUUCUUAAUUCAUGUAAGAAUCCUACAAAACGAAUCGCACGUUGGUUACUCUAUUUACAACCAUUAAAUAUCAAAAUAGAAUACAUUUCAGGACUAGAAAAUGUUAUUCCAGAUACAUUAAGUAGCAAUUCACCUAAUAGAGACGAAGCAGAAAAUUUCGAAAAAGCGUUUAAAUAA